UAGUUCCAGGUCUCCGACCGCGUAAUGUCCAGCCCACCAAAAACAGAAUCCGUAAAGAGAGCCAUGGACGGACUAUUGCUCUCCAUCUAAAGGUUAGCGGAUUUUCUGUAGUAGCGGGGCUUGCAGCCCCGAAGCCGGCGACUAUCAUGGCAGAAAAACCAGAGUGGGUGGAGAUAAUUGAGCCACGCACGAAGGAGCCCAUGUAUGCCAACCUGAAAACAGGGCAGUGUCUAUGGGAACCUCCUGGAGGAGUAAAAGUUAAAAAGGCAGACGAAACACACUGGUGGGAGCUCUAUGAUCCCAAAACCCGACGCUACUACUACUACAAUGCUUGCACUCAGACAACAGUUUGGCAUAAGCCAAAGGACUGUGAUAUCAUUCCUCUUGCUAAGCUUCAGAGUAUGAAAGCCAAGGAAAAAAAGCGACUUGCUAAGUUCAGGGAAGAGAGAAAGGAGAGUGGUCAUCGUAGAGAUGGGAGUGAUCGUCGCAGAAGGGAGGGAGGCCGGCGGGAGAAAACAGAAGGGGAGGGUCAUGGGGAACCACGCUCAAAGAGGGAUGGAAGAAAGGGGGGCUCUACAAGAAACAGGGCCAGCACACGAGACAAGCAGAAGGAUUCAGAGCAGACACCAGCGCUGUCCACACAGAUGGUACAAAAUAGUACAGAGCAUGGCGUGGAUGAGGAGACCGCUGAGAACACCGCAGACGCAGCUGCCAGGCGAGACAGUCAACAAGAUUGUACAAGAAGUCCCGAAACCUCUAGGGUCCCCGCUGAUGAAGGGGCCCGGAAGGAACGUAAUGGAAAUGGACGAGGGACACCCUCGGGGACCUUGACCAGGGAGAACAGAACGAGUGAUGACGCCGUCAAGAGAAGGCGAGAACGCAGCGAUGUCACACCAUCCGGGACUCUAGAACGUGACAAAGAGACCGUUACGAGUCCAUCCGGGAGCUUCGCUGGUCAUACAUCCGUCUACGACAAUCUAGAGAACGUCCCUCCCCCUGAAAGCUGCCCGUCAUCACCAGAUGGCCCUUGGGAAAAGCCGCUGACACUCAAUGGAGAGAUUCAACUUGACCGCCAUGACCGUGCCAGCAGUGACGAAUCCCUGAGCUAUCGGCUCCAGGCGGGGGGAAUGUCCCCCACCACCGCGCUCCUGGUAGAGGCUUGCGCCCCACCCUCCGGUGUAACUCGUGACGACAGCGCACUACGGUCCGACACCGCCCUACGGCCCGAGAACGGCUACCGGUCCGAGAAUGGUGUCCGGUCAUUACGGACACAACGUCAGACGUCGGAUAGUGCGGUUGCGCUUGCGUAUCGCGAGGAGCAGGAGAGAGCGAAUAAUUUGCUUGUACAGGGCAGCUCAUCUACUCUACCUCGCCUUAGCAGACCCUCAUCUAUAGCUACCACCCAGGGUUCGCCUUCGCAUCACAGCUCCCUGGAGCGUUCUCAUUCGGUACCUAGCGGCAAGCCCUUAUUUCGCGGUCUUGGCGCGUACGAGAGUUACCUCAAUCAGCACACCAAGGGGUUGUUCCGACGGAAGAGAGUUUCGCUCGCUAGUAUGAUGUCAUGGUCGAAGGUUCCUAUCAAGAAGCCGCUGAUCUUGAUGAGUGAUCGACAGCUUAAGAAGGAUGCGGUAGACGUGUUUAAGCUGAUUCUGGGUUACAUGGGUGAUCGGCCGAUACGCGUCAAGACUACGAGAGAUAUCGCGCUUGAUAUCUGUACCAGGGGAUGGGAGACGCCCCUCAUACGAGACGAGAUCUAUUUACAGAUUUGCAAGCAGACGACCGACAAUGGCAACUCUGAGAGUUUGCGGCGAGGCUGGGAGUUGAUGUCAAUUUGCUUGACGCUUUUCCCGCCCUCCACCAAGUUCCAUAGCUACCUUGAAGGGUACAUCACAAGACAUCUUAACUGCGAAGACGACAACUUGGAGGUGGACAUUAGCGAUUACCCGAGAUACUGUCAUAAGCAGCUCGCCAAGAUUUCCAAGACAGGUGCGAAACGAGGACUGAGGAAACCCACGCCAGACGAUAUUCAGCAGGCUGAGUAUCACGUGUUUCACCCGUCAAUGUUCGGUGCGACGUUGGAGGACAUAAUGCAAAGACAAGAAUCCGACUUUCCCUCUCUCAAACUUCCCUGGAUUCUCACGACGCUCGCCGAGGCCGUGCUGCAUCACGAUGGCGCAAGAACAGAGGGUAUUUUCAGGGUUCCCGGUGAUAUCGACGAAGUAAAUGCAUUGAAGCUACGGCUGGACCGGUACGAACCACCGGACAACGUGUCCGACCCUCAUGUCCCCGCCUCGCUACUCAAACUAUGGUUCCGGGAGCUCAACGAUCCGCUAAUACCCGCGGAGUAUUAUGAGAAAUGUAUCAUGAACUGUGACGAUGCCACUGUUGCGACCGCGCUCAUUCUCUCAUUACCGGAAAUCAACAGGCUUGUUUUGUCUUAUCUGAUACGAUUCCUUCAGAUAUUCUCGCUGAUGGAGGUCAGUUCCCUAACCAAAAUGGACGUUAAUAAUCUCGCAAUGGUCUGGGCACCCAACUGCCUGCGAAAUCCUUCAGAUAAUCUUCAAGAGGUGUGGGAAAAUACUCGACGAGAAAUGACUUUUGUACGGACUUUAUUAUGGAAUCUAGACACAAGUUACAUGGAGGGUGUUCAUUAGGGCGCCAAAUUCACAUAUUUCGCUGUGGUGGUGUCUCGAUCCCAUCUGGUAACCGAUUAAAGCCGCAUUGUCACCAGUUCAUUUCCGGAGGUCCGACGGAAACCUCAACCGUUAAAAGAAUCUAUUAAAAUCCGAGAUAUUACACAGGCCAUCCGCUGUAAAUUAUCAAUCACAUUCUCAAAAAAAAUUCCAAUAAACACACUGCUUUCAAUAUUUUGAAAUAUUUUUCGCGUUUUCCGUUAAAAAUCAUCGGAGAUUGUUACGUAAUCGACCGGAAGUAAACUGGUGACAAUGCGGCUUUAAUUGUCGCUUACGGAUUUAUGUCGACAUCUACUAUUGCAUCAAUUCAUCUUUAUUGUGUACCACUUAUGUUGUUUCUUUGUCAGAGCUGUAUCAGGCCUUGAAAAAAUGGUGGGGUGGGGCACUUACCGGCAUUUCCCUAUACUUUUAAAUAUAUUUGGGGGCACGUUCCCCACGCCCCUCCCCCUGCUAUGGACAUGUUUGUUCUGGUCACUGUCUCACUUGAAGUGAAACAUCGACCCCAUUUGUCAGCCUAUUAUCUGAGGUGUUCAUCUGCAUUCGUAAUGCCAACAGAACGAUAAUUUUUAUUCUAAAAUGAAACGUGAUCGAGUUUUCACAAUGGAUAGCGAAAUUCUCUGCUGAAAUGUGAGAUCGUUUCUUGACUUCUUUUAAAAAAUAAAUAGAGCUAUAUAAAUAUUCGUGGCAAGCUCGACACAAGCGAUAUUCCAGGUUGUGGAUCAACCCCUAUCUUAAUACUAAAGACUCUCGAGGAAAUUUUAAUUGUUCUCUGUGGUUACUUAAACUAUUAUGCAGGGUAAUGGUUGUCAUUACAAUUUUUCCAAGAGUACUACAGGUUGAAAUGUCUUGCAUAUUUGAAGGGUUUGAAGCAUCCAUUGUUCAGAUGUGAACGCUAAUGUUACCCCUUCAAUAACGAAAAAUAAAUUUUGUAUCAAUACCAA